CUAUAUUUAUGUCACCGCAGCGCAUGUAUAUGACGUACAGGAAAGCAGCAAACAAGCUAACUGGGGCCGGUAGCCGUUUUUGCAGUUAUUUCAGCUGCCACCGAAUUCGCUCCAAGUAUGGCUCUCCCCCUGCUUUCAAGAUCCCUUGCUGGGCUCCUUGUAGAGUCAUCGUCAAUAACUCAUCACAGGACUUUUAGUGUAUCUGCUGUUGCAGCAGCCAUUCAAAAGAUGACUAGAGUGCGUGUUGUGGACAACAGCUCUCUUGGAAAUACACCAUAUCACCGUGCCCCAAGAGUGAUCCAUGUCUACACCAAGAAUGGUAUAGGAAAAGUCGGUGACAAAGUGUUGCUUGCCAUCAAAGGACAGAAGAAGAAAGCGCUCAUCGUUGGACACAAAAUGCCAGGAGAUCGCAUGACUCCACGCUUUGAUUCUAACAAUGUUGUUCUUAUUGAGGACAAUGGGAACCCCACAGGAACAAGGAUUAAGGUCCCUAUACCCACACAUCUACGUAAACAUGAGGGAGAAUACUCCAAGGUCCUGGCAAUUGCUAGUGCAUUUGUUUAGUAACAGCUUUAAUCAGGUGUUAUUUUUGAUAUAUAAUGUACAUUUCACAUGUUAUGCUUGUAUAUGUUUUUGUCUUCAGUAAACUAUUAAAAAAAAAGCAUACUCUCCUCAAAAUGAUUUAGAUGUUGUUAAUUAACGUGAUAGACUCAAGUCUUGUCAACAGGUUUGACAUUUUACUAAGUUUACAAUAAAUAUAACCUUUACCAUAAAGGUAUAGGAGAGUUUGAGCAGCCAAUGUGGGUCAAAUUCAUGUUAUGAACAAACUGAGAAAACAUUUACCAUGAGGGAAAUAUUUAUUGAAGGCACAACAUACAUUCACAACGUAAAAUACAUGACUAGCAUAUUUUCAAUCGCUGUCUAUAACACCAUGGUGUGUGUAUAAGGCAUAUAUUAUCAUGUGAUCCCCGUGAAUUGAAAUUCACACUGUCAGGCAACUUCAGUAGCAUCAUCCUUCAACUAAAUUGUCAGUGCAAAAUUAAAAAACAAUGUACAACUAAACAAAGGUAAGCUGCCGUGCUU